AAAAACGGGCGCAUGGAGUUCGAACGGAACAUAUUUCGUGCGGACUGUCUGCCGAACGGAUCUAACACAACGUAACAUAAUCGAAUCAAACUAAACCAAAACAACAACAAUGACCGGUCGCGGCAAGGGAGGCAAAGGUCUUGGAAAAGGAGGAGCGAAACGUCACAGGAAAGUUCUUCGUGACAACAUCCAGGGUAUCACGAAGCCUGCCAUUCGCCGUUUGGCACGCAGAGGUGGAGUGAAGCGUAUCUCCGGUUUGAUAUACGAAGAAACUCGCGGUGUGCUUAAAGUGUUCCUCGAGAACGUAAUUCGUGACGCCGUCACGUACACAGAGCACGCCAAAAGGAAAACUGUCACCGCUAUGGACGUCGUGUACGCUCUGAAACGACAGGGACGCACGCUCUACGUACAAAGUGGACGCAACACAAUGGCGCGUACCAAGCAAACAGCUAGAAAAUCAACCGGUGGCAAAGCGCCACGUAAGCAGCUGGCGACCAAGGCCGCUAGGAAGAGUGCUCCCGCAACAGGCGGAGUGAAGAAACCUCACCGUUACAGGCCCGGCACUGUCGCUCUCCGUGAGAUCCGUCGUUACCAGAAAAGUACGGAACUUCUGAUUCGCAAAUUACCGUUCCAGCGUUUGGUUCGUGAGAUAGCGCAAGAUUUCAAAACCGAUCUGCGUUUCCAAAGUUCCGCCGUCAUGGCGCUGCAGGAGGCCAGCGAAGCUUACCUGGUCGGUCUUUUCGAAGACACGAACCUUUGCGCCAUUCACGCCAAGCGUGUUACCAUCAUGCCAAAGGAUAUACAGUUGGCGCGCAGAAUCAGAGGGAGAGAGCUUAAACGCCGCCGUUCGCUCUUGCAACCAACGUCGUCGUCGUCAUCGUUGUAGAAUAAUAAUAAUAAUAAUAACAAUAAAUAUUAUUCAACACGACGGGUGUUUAAAAUAAUGUGCGCGCGUGCAUCGCAGCUCGCUCCUCGCAUAUUAUUAGAAACACAUAAUAUCGCGAAACAUUUAUAUUAUUAUAUUUACAAA